AUGUCACUGGUACCUAAAGCAGCUAGGCUAUCUGCCUUAAGAGCUGAAUUGAAAAUCUUAAAUGAAGCACUUUUGCCAUCAGAGAUUGACAUUCCUUGUUUAUUUCCAGUUACGAGCAGCAAGAAUAAAAAAUAUCAUAGAAUUUUGAAAUUAAAUAUUACAGAAGCCUGUGUGUUAAAUUCAGCAGAAAGAGUUCCAUACUUGUUGCUCAUUGAAUUUUUAAAUGAUGAAUUAGAUUUCAAUCCAUUUUCUGAAUAUAACCAAAGGAUUAUAAAUGAUUCAAGUUUCAGCUUUAAAUAUGUUCAAAAUGAGUACGAAAAGAACAGUACUUUAACUGGAGAAAAAGAUUUUAGUAGUAAGCAAGACACGAGUAAUAUUAUUCAUGAUGAAACCGAUUUGGGUGAGUUAUCUUUGAUUAGAAAUAAAAAUUUAAUACAUUCAAAUAUUGAAACAAAAUUUUCAAGACUUGCUUCAGACGAAUCUCAUAUUUCAAAGAACAUAUCUCCAAUUGCAAACAAAGAGAAUUCUCUGGUUCUUGCUGAUCAAAUGAGAAUUGCUUCAGUCAUGCUCCAACAACUUGAAAAUUCAGGGCAGUCAAAUACUCCUCAAUUUAUUGCAAUAAAGAAUAGAAUAAUUGAAUCAAUGAUAUCUUUGCAAGAUCAAUUUGAAACUAUGGAUUAUGAAACCUUGAAAGAGUUUAAAACUGAUGAACAAGAUGCAGGCCAACGUAAGUUGGAGAAUGAUUUCAAAAUUAGUGAGGAUUGGAUAGCCAAAAAACAAAGGAUAAGAAGUUCCAGUGCUUUUGGUCAUUUGGAAAAUUGGGAUCUUUGCUCCGUCAUUGUGAAGAAUGGAGAUGAUUUGCCUCAAGAAGCCUUUGCAUGUCAGCUUAUUUCGAUAAUAUCAAAUAUUUGGAAAAAACAAAAUGUUACUUUUUGGACUAAAAGGAUGAAAAUUUUGAUCACAAGUGCAAAUGCUGGUUUAGUUGAGACUAUUACUAAUGCCAUGUCUAUUCACUCCAUUAAAAAAUCUUUGACAGAAAUUUCAAUUGUACGAGGAGAAAAUUCAAAGGGAAGAAUUUUUACAAUUCAAGAUUAUUUCGAUAAACUAUUUGGUGCUCCUGGUUCUAGUAAAUAUUCCAAGGCCCAAGAGAAUUUUGCCAUCAGUUUAGCUUCAUAUUCAAUUAUUUGUUAUGUUUUGCAAAUCAAGGAUAGACAUAAUGGUAAUAUAAUGUUGGAUCAUGAUGGUCAUAUAAUACACAUAGACUUUGGAUUCUUGCUUUCCAACUCACCUGGGAGUGUCGGAUUUGAAGCUGCUCCAUUUAAAUUGACUACUGAAUAUAUUGAUGUUUUGGGCGGUUUGGGUUCUAAAUUUUAUCAAACCUUUGUCAGUGUUUGCAAGGAUUGUUUCAAAGCAUUGAGAAGAGAGUGGCAACAAUUAGUUAACAUUGUGGAGCUCAUGCAGAAAGACUCUAAUCUUCCAUGUUUCAAUAAUGGUGAGAAUACAAGUGUUUUGUUACAACAAAGAAUGCAACUCGAAUUGUCUGAAGAGGAUUUAGAUUCUUUUGUGGAAAAUUACUUAAUAGGAAAAAGUAUUGGUAGUAUGUAUACAAGGUUAUAUGAUCAAUUUCAAAUGAUCACUCAGGGGAUUUAUAAUUAA